ACAACCGGGGUUGUCGUCUUAUUUUUGUUAGGAAACCGUUUUUGCGUUUGGGAGGUUGUUUUAACUAGUUGUUGUAAGUUUGCGUUGGCAACAUGAGAGUGAGUGAAGUGCAUGCAGCGGAGUGCGGCGCCUACCUCAACAGAGCCCAGGUCAGGCUGCAGGAUAUCUGGGAUGAAAUCGGGAUCCCAGAGGAACAGCGCAUCCAGAGAACCAACGAUGUGCACAAGCACAUUAAAGGGCUGCUGGACCUCAUGAUUGUAGAAGAAGAUCAGCUCAAGAAUAGAUUACUGAAAAGCAUUCAGGCAUGUGUUGAAGAACUUAAUACGUUGACCAGUGAACUUCAGCUGCCCCCGUUUGAGGAGAAAGAUUGCUCCACCAUGUUGCAGAUGGAGAAGAAUAGCCGCACACAUCUAGAAGUGUUGAAGGAGCACAAGAAGCAAAGAAUGGAAGAGCUUACGGGCCUCGUUGGCAAAGACCGUGAGCUGUGUGAUAUUAUGUGCAUGACUCCAUUUUGCAUUGACAAAGAUGCCGUCCCAUCACUGAAGCAACUUGAGACGUAUCGUGCCUACCUGGACAAUCUGACCAAAGAGAAGGAAUGUCAUCAUGAUGAAUUUGUAAGCGUCAGAAAGGAGAUUAUUGUCUGCAUGGAUGAUCUGGAGCGACUCCCAGAGACGAGCUUUGAGAUGGAUGUGAUGUGCGAGGAUCAGGAGGCGUUCUGUCUUUCAAAUGACAACAUUGCUGCUCUGAAACUACUGCUCAGUCAGUUACAACAACACAAGGCGGAGAACGAGCACCGUUGUUCAGCUUUCCGUUCUAAGAUCCAGGAGCUGUGGGAGAGACUUCAGAUUUCCCAAGAGGAGAGGGAAGCCUUGUCCGAGCAUAUGGUCGUUUCAAAGAAGAGAAACGUCGAGGCACUCCAGGCUGAGGUCGAGCGUCUAGAGCUGCUGAAAAUGCAGAGCAUGACGACUUUCAUUGAGGCCAUCAGGGCUGAGAUUGCUCUGUUAUGGGAGCGAUGCUUCUACAGCCAAGAACAGCGGCAAGCUUUUGUUCCAUAUCAUGACGAUGAUUUUACUGAAGAGCUUCUCAACCUGCACGAGGCCGAGGUCAGAACCCUGAAGGUGUGUUACGAGGGCCACAGACAACUCUUUGAGGGAGUCACAAAAUGGCAGGAGAACUGGACCGUGUACUUGGAAUUUGACAAAAGGGCAAAUGACCCCUCGAGGUUAUUCAACAGACGCGGGAACCUCCUGAAAGAAGGGAAGCAAAGAGCCGACAUGCAGAAAGGUUUGCCGAAGCUGGAAAAGAGUCUGAAAACCCAAAUUGAUGGUUGGGAGGAGGAACAUGGCAAAGAAUUCCUCGUCAAUGGACAGAAAUUUCUUGAGUACGUGCAGCAGCAGUGGGAACAGCACCACGCGGAAAAGGAGAACGAGAAACUGGAGAGGCAAAUGAAGAAAACUAAACAGACCCAGGAGGACAUGUUGUUUGGAACUUCAGUGAGAACACCGUCCAAAAGGCGGGUGCCAGGGACUCCCACACCUGUCAAACUAAGGAAGAUUUGCACCUCCAGCAUCGCCACUCCCAACAGCAUCCUUUGUUCGGGCCUCAGUGGGACUCUGUGCCACUCCAUCCAGAAACCACCGCUCUCUGCCAGCAAGGGUUUUAUUCUACGAACCCAUGGACAUGGAAAAACUCCCCUUGGAACCGACCGCAACAAGGAGAACAUCUCUCAUGUCAGAAACCCUCCCUGUGGCACGCCGAAGUCUCAGGACACUCAGGAUCACACCUUCAACUCUGUUGCAGCUUCCUAUUCCGACUUUGCGAGGGACCUCUCCAAGGCGUCUAAAUCCAAUGUGACGUCUGGACUGAUGAACUCCACCGUCAGUCAUCAGUGACGGGGUCAAAGGUCUCCGCUGCAGGUCUCAUGUUCGGAUCGUGGACCAGAGGGAUCAUUAAUGUCACCGAUUACAACAAUUGUAAAUAUUUCAGUCGACUCUUUGACUCUGUUCUGUUUUCUUCAGACUUCUCCAGGCUUAGCCCGACUGUUUUCUCUGCCGUCUGUUUUUAUGGCACGUUAUUGAUAUUUGUACUAGGUUUUUUCUGGCUUUUUUUAUUUGACAUUUUUCUUCUAGGGCUACAGCUUUUUAAAUAACUUUAACCAUUUCUAGAGAAUAACUUUCUUUUACUACUCUAGCAGAUAGCCAACACACCGUGGUGUUAUUCCUCCAGCUGGGAUGAUGAAUUUUUUUAAUCAAACUGUAAAUAAAUAUUGAUAACUAUU